UAGAAGUCAAAAGUUUAGAAAGUAGAGAAUCGAAAGUUUUUGUGAGUGGAAUUUGAGAAACCUGCUCCUCUCUUCCAUCUUGUCCAAGAUUCUGUUGAUAUCGUUUUACGUUGUUGAUUUUCAGUACCAUUCAGGUUGUAAAAGCUAAGAUGGACACACCCUUUUUGAUCUUCCAUUGUCUUCAUCUUAUAUUGUUUCUCUCACUCACUUCCCUUUCUUCAAUCCAGAGUUCUCAGCAUCCAUCUUAUGCGCAACAGCUUCUAAGCUCAGCUCAGCAAGACAGAGAUUGGUUAGUCUCAAUAAGAAGGCAAAUCCAUGAAUACCCAGAACUCAAAUUCGAAGAGCACAACACCAGUGCUCUUAUACGCAGAGAACUUGACAAGCUUGGCAUCCCUUAUUCAUACCCACUUGCCAAAACCGGAAUUGUUGCCGAAAUUGGCACUGGUUCUCCUCCUGUUGUUGCUCUUCGAGCUGACAUGGAUGCUCUUCCCUUGCAAGAGCUUGUUGAGUGGGAGCAUAAGAGUAAGAUUGAUGGGAAAAUGCACGGGUGUGGACAUGAUGCUCACACAACUAUGCUUCUUGGUGCUGCUAAGUUGCUUAAUCAACGCAAAGAUAAGCUCAAGGGAACUGUGAGACUUGUUUUCCAACCUGCUGAGGAGGCAGGUACUGGUGCAUAUCACAUGAUAAAAGAUGGUGCUCUUCGUGAUGCUGAAGCUAUAUUUGGAAUGCAUAUUAGUCCUAACCUACCCACGGGAAGUAUAGACUCCAUUUCAGGGCCUGCCUUAGCUGCCGUAUGCUUCUUUGAAGCAAAAAUAGUAGGAAAAGAUGGGCAUGCUGCAGAUCCACAUAAAAAUGUGGAUCCAAUUCUUGCUGCAUCGUUUGUAAUUUUGGCAUUGCAACAGAUCAUCUCGAGAGAAACUGAUCCCCUUCAUAGUCAGGUGCUAUCCGUUACUUAUGUCAGAGGUGGUACUACAUUGGACACAAUUCCAACAUAUGUUGAAAUUGGGGGUACUUUAAGGAGUCUCACAACUGAAGGCAUGCACCAACUCAGGCAACGGUUGAAAGAGGUUAUUGCGGGACAAGCUGCUGUACACAGAUGUAAUGCAUAUAUUGAUAUGAAAGAAGAAGACUACCCGCUAUUGCCUGCUGUCAUGAAUGAUGAGAAACUGCAUCUGCAUGUGCAGAAGGUGGGCAAACUUUUGCUUGGUCCUCAGAAUGUCAAGGUGGGCGUGAAAAUAAUGGCAGGUGAAGACUUCGCCAACUAUCAAGAACUGAUUCCAGGAGUUAUGCUUGGCAUUGGAAUUGGAAAUGAGGACUUGGGUUCAGUUCACUCCCCGCAUUCCCCUUACUUCUUUCUUGAUGAGGAUGUCCUUCCAAUUGGUGCAGCAUUACACACUUCUCUUGCUGAGAUAUAUUUGAGCGAGCAACAACGCUCACUUGUGCCAUAAAUUUUCAGAAUAUGGUGUUAAUAACAUCAACGCUUUUUUUUUUUUUGAUAACAUCAACAUUAAUCUAAGUUUAUCUCAAAUGAUAAAGUCUCUUGUUGUCAAACAAUGGACCUGGAUUCGAAUUCCACCUAUACGAAAAAGAAAGUUAUUAGUGUAUUAGCUUGAUUGUAAAGAGCAAUAAGCAUGGAAUGAAUAUUGUAGGUUUCAAAUUAGGGGGAAAAACAUUAAUAUCAAUUUCAUGGUGUUGCAAGUG